UACGCCACUCUCUCUCGCGACUUUAAGAGCUUUACCACUUCAGCCAACAUCCUGAAGUGGGCCACUCUCCACUCCACCCCCUCCUCUCCCCUCUCCUCCGGACCCACGCAUGGACUCAAGCAGCUUGAAAAGAAAGCAGUGAGGGAAGGCAACUUUUCAGAGGACAGAUAAAUGGUAAAGGGGAAGUUUGCUGUUGGUUUCCUGGACUGGGGUGUUGGAGCUACAAUAGAAGACAAUCCUCUUUUCCUGUGUGUGUUUUCUGUCCGCCCUCACCAGCGGGAGCAGGAACUGGGCUGAAGAAGACUUCUGGAUGCAACAGUAAAGAGGAGAACCAGCCAAAAGAAGGGAAAGUGAUAAAACAGAGACAGGCGCUGCAGGAGUUGGACUGAAAAGACAGGAGGAAGAUAGACUCAGUCUCGAGGGACUUUUUAAAACAAAAAACGGGAGACAAAAUAGGAGAUAAAGGGGACCAAAGAGGAAGCUCACCUGACUCACUUCUCUGCUCUGCCAAGAGCAACCUCCUUCUCCCCCUCUCCUCCUUCCCCUUUCCCUCUCCCCUGACAUGGGCUGCCUGCUGGCCCUGACCUUUGCCCACCUGGCUUACCUGUUGGCCCCUGUGAUCAGCUCAGAGCGCCAACAGCACCACGUGCAGCACGGCCCCUGCAGCUACACCUUCAUCCUCCCUGAGGUGGAGCACUGCCGUCCCUUAAAGGACUUCCAGGUCACCAACACCCUACAAAGGGACUCCCCGCCCGAGGCAGAGCCUGAUACAAGCCAAUCCAAGCCGGGUAAGGCCCAAAACGAGAGGCCUUCCUGGCAAGAGAGGAAGCUGGAAAAUCUAGAGAGCGCCAUGGAGAAUAACACCCAGUGGCUGCAGAAGCUGGAGAACUUCAUUCAGGAGAAUGUGCGCUCUGGGAUGGAGGAAAUGAAAAGAACUGCAGUACACACCCAGACAGCUGCCAUGCUGGAGAUGGGAACCAACCUCCUCAGCCAAUCAGCAGAGCAGACUCGCAAACUGACAGAUGUUGAGACCCAGGUGUUAAACCAGACAAGUCGCCUAGAGAUCCAGCUGCUCGAGUACUCACUCUUCACCAAUCGGCUGGAGAAGCAUAUUCUCCUCCAGACGCAGGAGAUCUCACGCCUCAGUGAUAAAAACAGUUUUCUGGAGCAGAGGCUCUUGGCAUUGGAGGCUCGGUAUGGAAGGGAGCUGCAGGGGUUGCAAAGCGAAAAGCAGCAGCUUCAAGAGCUUCUGGAGAGGCAGAGUCGACUGGUCAGUCAGCUCCAGGGUGAACUGGGCAGUUCCACGCUCAACAGCACAUUACUACAGAGACAGCAGGCUGUGCUCACAGACACCGUUCAGCAGCUGCUGACCAUGGUCAACCACUGCAAUGAAAUCUCCAAUAUGCCCAAGGAGGAGCCGCUUACUUUCAGGGACUGUGCGGAGAUCUUGCGAUCUGGAGUGACAGAGAGUGGAAUAUAUAGCAUACGCCUCCAUAACUCCACACAGACUGUCAAGGUGUUCUGCGAUAUGAAGACUAAUGGUGGUGGGUGGACAUUGCUGCAGCAUCGGAGAAAUGGCUCCGUAAACUUCCAUCGUGGAUGGAGAGACUACAAAAUGGGCUUUGGAGAGCCGUCUGGGGAACACUGGCUGGGGAAUGAUAUCAUCCACAAGCUGACCAGCUCCCAGGAAUACAGUCUGCAUGUCCAGCUCAAAGACAGAGAGGGGAACGAAGCUUUCUCACAUUACGAUCGCUUCUACAUAGGCGGAGAGGACAACAACUACAGCCUUCAUGCAGAGGGCUUCAGUGGCACGGCUGGACGGACCAGCAGCCUCCCCCACACCGGCACCCAGUUCAGCACCAAGGACAGAGACAACGACCGCUGCACCUGCAAGUGUGCCCAGCUCGCAUCUGGAGGUUGGUGGUUUGAGGCUUGCGGUCCAUCCAACCUGAAUGGCAUAUAUUACCCGAGCUCAUCCAGUGUGAUUCGCUACAACAGUAUUAAGUGGUACUAUUGGAAGGGUCCAAACCUGAUGGCUACCGUGACAACCAUGAUGGUGCGCCCAGCAAACUUCUAACAGCAUGGCUUAUUCAUGAUGUAUGAACAAUAUCCAGGAAACUGCAUAUUUGGGAGGAAAUUCA